AUGAUGGACAUAGGAACAAGAAGUAUUUUCUCAGAAGAACAUGAUAUGUUUAGGAACUCUGUGAGGAGGUUUAUGCAAGAAGAAGUGUUGCCAAAUCAUGGUCAAUGGGAAAAAGACGGCAAUGUUAGCAAAGAAGUUUGGCUUAAAGCUGGAGAAAAUGGUUUAUUAGGUGUAAAUACACCAGCUGAAUUAGGUGGUGUUGGUGGUGAUUUCCUAAUGACAAACAUAACAUGGGAGGAACAAAUGUAUGUUAAUUGUACUGGUCCUGGGUUUACUCUCCAUUCAGACAUAGUUAUGCCAUAUAUCACACAUUAUGGUACAAAAGAGCAAAUUGAAAAAUUCAUUCCUAAAAUGACAUCUGGAGAAUGGAUUGGAGCUAUUGGCAUGACAGAACCAAGUGCUGGAAGUGAUCUUCAAGGUAUUCGUACAAAUGCAAAAAAAGAUGGAGAUGAUUAUAUUCUAAAUGGUAGCAAAGUUUUUAUAACAAAUGGUUACAUGUCUGAUGUGUGUAUUGUUGUAGCAAUAACAAAUACAGAAGCUAAAUCAGUUGCUCAUGGUAUAAGUCUGUUUUUGGUUGAAGCAUCAAUGCCAGGCUUCAUCAAAGGAAAAAAAUUACAGAAGAUUGGUUUAAAAGCCCAAGAUACAGCUGAACUGUUUUUUGAAGACGUCCGCUUACCAAAGAGUGCUCUAUUAGGAGAAGAAAAUAAAGGUUUCUAUUAUUUGAUGAACGAACUACCUCAGGAAAGAUUACUGAUUGCUUCCAUGGGUCAGGCAAAUAAUGAAUGGAUGUUUGAAGAAACACGUACGUAUGUCAAAAAUAGAAAAGCUUUUGGCAAAACCUUGUCAAAAUUACAAACAAUUCAGCAUAAAUUAGCAGAAUUGAAAACUGAAAUUUGUGUUGGUAGAGCCUUUAUUGACCAAUGUCUGAAAACACAUAGUCAGAGGGGACUUGACUCCUCAACAGCAUCUAUGGCUAAAUAUUGGAUUACUGAUUUACAAAAUAAGGUUGCUACAGAAUGUGUUCAACUCCAUGGAGGAUGGGGAUACAUGUUGGAAUAUCCCAUUUCUAAAGCAUUCCUUGAUGCCAGAGUACAACCAAUAUAUGGAGGUAGCAAUGAAAUAAUGAAAGAAUUGAUUGCAAGACAAAUUGUUUCUGAUAAAUAG